AUGCUCGGCCAGGUACCGUGCGUCUCGCAAGCGCUCAACUUCACCACGUGUGCCGUGUCUAACCUGACUUCGGCAUGCCUGUGCUACGAUAAGCCAUACAUUAGCGUCCUCCGUAGCUGCGUGCGCGCUUCCUGCGAUCUGGAUCAGGCGUAUCGUGAGAAAGAUCCCUUUCCUAUCUCCUCUUUCCCUCGAUACCGGUUCAUCGACAUGCAUGUAUCACACCUUCUUGCUAAGAACGUGACGUGGACGCGAUGCGGGUUCCCAUAUCACCAUCAGACAGGAACUGUGGCCGGCAGGGUCAGUCUGGUGGUAGGAACCGCCCUCUUCGUCGUUGUGCGGUUGCUCGCCAAGGUUCUAAGAUUGUCGUCGUGGGGACCGGAUGAUGUGACGUUGAUGAUUGGAUAUUUCUUCUCACUGGGGUUCGCUAUCUCCAAGUUUCAUGGUAGCUUCCCCCAGAUUCCGGGCUUGAUUGUACACCUCGUCGUUGACACCCUUCCAGGUUUCCAGCUCGGUAUUGGCCGUGAUGUAUGGGCGCUAUCAUACGAUGAGAUAACCCGCUUCAUGCAGGUCUUCUUCGCUUUCGAGGUGAUCUACACCCUCAGCAUCUCGGCCCUCAAGGCCUCGAUCCUCUUUUUCUACAUCCGCGUCUUCAGCAUGGUCAGCAGCACGUUCACCAUGGUGCUAUGGGCCACGCAGGCCUUCAACCUCGCUUUCUGCAUCGCCUUCACUGUCGCGAACUUGAACCAAUGCCGGCCCUUCAGUAACGCCUGGGAGGCAUGGGACGGCAAACACCCGGGCUACUGCAUCAACGUAUACGCCAUGUUUAUUUCGCACGCCGCCAUCAACAUCGCCCUAGAUGUGUGGAUGCUCGUGCUGCCGGUCACACAGAUCCUUUGGCUCAACUUGAGGAAGAGGCAGAAGGCGGAGAUCGUGUCCAUGUUCGGGCUCGGCGUGUUUAUCACAAUCGUCAGUGCCAUUCGACUCAGAGUAUUGAUUAGCCUAGAGGGCUUCAAGGACCCUACUUACGAUGCUUUCUACCUCCACAUGUGGUCAUACAUAGAACUUUCUGUGGGAGUCAUUGUCGCUUGUCUUCCGUCCACCCGCCAGCUGUGGCGACACCUGGUGCCCAAACUCCUACGAUUUAUAGGACUGGGGCCGCCAUUGCACCAGAACCAAGCACGGCACGAAGACUCGACCAGAAGGCUCAAAGACAUACUCUUCAUGAGCACCACACAAGAUAAGGCGAUUCCGGCAGAGGGCACGGAGAGCGCGGACGCGCCAUCGUCGUAUCGCACGCGGUCAGGUUGA